AUGUCGUACAUUUCUCGCCUUGUCAAGGGCGGUUCUCCGGUGUUAUGGUGUUGGCAUGGUGGCUGCUGCUUGCUGCGGGGCGUUUCUUUCGACUUGCUUCCCUUAACUGCAGCCAACCACUUAAGCUUCCCGUCUUCCUGCUGCGACGGCGGCAGGUGUUUUUGCUGGCUCUUGUGUCUUUCGCGGCUGUCGGUGCGCCGUUGCCUUUCGCUGCACUCGCUUUUCUCCCUGCUCGGCAGCUGUGGAAAGUCCGGUGACGUCAUUGGUGGUCUUGUCUUCUGGAGCUGUUGCUGUUCGCGUUCCUCUCGGCGCUCCCAUUGUCUUUUCGUGACGACGAAGGGGACCUUGAACUUGUUCUUGCAAAUUCUAUCUGCCGUCGGAUGCGGUCCUCCACAUAGCUUGCAACUUGGCUUGCAUGCCUUCUCGUGGUCCGCGUCGGGGUUGGCCUCCCCGCACGCGAAGCAUACUCUGGUCUCCGGGGUUGGACAUACGUCGAUGCGGUGUCCGACUUUUCCGCAACAUCUACACACUUCAUGAUGUUUCCUGUA